AUGAUCUCUGGUGUCUAUAUUAUGAAUUCCAAGGGUGAAGUUCUAUCUUCAAGGCUGUUCAGAUCUGAUAUAAAACGUUCUAUUAGCGAUAUAUUUAGAGUUCAAGUCGUUAGUAACCCAGAUGUACGCUCCCCUAUAAUCACACUCGGUUCUACUUCAUUCUUCCACGUUAGACAUAACAACUUAUACGUAAUGGCUGUUACAAAAUGUAACGCCCUAGCUGCACUCGUUUUCGAAUUCAUUUUCAAGUUUAUCAAAGUUUGUACAAGCUACCUAGGUCAACUCACUGAAGACUCGGUAAAGAACAACUUUGUCUUGAUUUACGAGUUACUUGAUGAAAUUGUUGAUUUCGGCUACCCGCAAAACUCCGAAAUUGACGCUCUAAAAAUGUACAUCACCACCCAAGGCGUUAAAUCUGAUCAUGCUAUUACUCAAGACUCCUCAAAGAUUACCUCACAAGCAACAGGUGCUACUUCAUGGCGUAGAUCUGACGUUAGAUAUAGAAAGAAUGAGGCUUUUGUUGACGUUAUCGAGAACGUUAAUUACUUGAUGAGCGCUCAAGGUACUCAACUGAGAGCUGACGUUGAUGGCCAAAUUCUCAUGAGGGCUUACCUAUCUGGCAUGCCUGAAUGCAAAUUUGGUCUCAAUGAUAAACUGGUCUUAGAAAGAAGUGACAAGACGCGUAUAGUCGACGAUAGCGCUCUCGGUGGUGCUGUUGAAUUAGAUGAUUGUCAAUUUCAUCAGUGCGUUAGGUUAUCGAGGUUUGAACAAGACAGAAUCAUCUCGUUCAUCCCGCCAGACGGUGAAUUCGAACUGAUGAGGUAUCGUUCAACUAAAAACGUCAAUCUUCCUUUCAAAAUUACUCCCAUCGUAAACGAAAUUGGUAGAUCUACAGUUGAAUACACUAUCCGCAUAAAAGCAAAUUUUGACUCCAAACUGAGUGCAAAUACUGUCAAUCUUCGUAUACCAACUCCACUUAACACCACUCAAGUAAAAUGCAAUGCCCCAAUGGGUAAGGCUAAGUAUGUACCUGAUGAGAAUCACAUUGUUUGGAAAAUCCCUCGCAUGCAGGGUCAAUCGGAGGCUACGCUAACUGCUGAUGCUGAUCUCACUUCUACAACAACAAGACAAACCUGGUCUCGCUCCCCCAUCAACGUUGAUUUCCAAGUUUUAAUGUUCACAUCUUCAGGUUUGCUCGUCAGGUUUUUGAAAGUAUUUGAGAAAUCAAACUAUCAGUCCGUAAAAUGGGUGCGCUACCUCACAAAAUCACAAGGAUCAUAUCAAGUUAGAUUUUAG